GGUCUCUUCCUCUUCCCGCUCAUUCGUUGCUGUUUCUAGGAACACAUCAGGAUGCCUGAACCCGCCAAGUCUGCGCCCAAGAAGGGCUCCAAGAAAGCCGUGACCAAGACCGCCGGCAAAGGAGGCAAGAAGAAGAGGAAGACCAGGAAGGAGAGCUACGCCAUCUACGUCUACAAGGUGCUGAAGCAGGUCCACCCUGACACCGGCAUCUCUUCCAAGGCCAUGAGCAUCAUGAACUCCUUCGUUAACGACAUCUUUGAGCGCAUCGCCUCCGAGGCCUCCCGCCUGGCACACUACAACAAGCGCUCCACCAUCACCUCCAGGGAGAUCCAGACCGCUGUGCGCCUCCUGCUGCCCGGGGAGCUGGCCAAGCACGCCGUGUCUGAGGGCACCAAGGCUGUCACCAAGUACACCAGCUCCAAGUAAACUUGCUUUACUAAACCAAACAAAGGCCCUUUUAAGGGCCACACACAUCCAUCCAAAAGCAAACGGUUCCCUUUGUCUUUUAAACUGGUGGGAAAUCGGUCACCCAGUCAUUAUUGCCUCUGUAAAUUAGUUUAGGAUCCUAAAUCCAACCCAGAGUCAUUGAAGAGUAGCUUCGGUCCCUGUUCUGUUUGCCUACUUUCAGAUGAGCAGCCGUAAUGGGAGGAUACGUUUACUUUUUCGCUGUCACAAAUUACUUAAAUUGUGGAAACUAAAUACAUUUGAUUUUAGGGGUAAAAGUUUUUAAGCUGAACGUUAUUCACAACAUUCACAGCCUGUGUUGUACAGGGGACCAAGGGGAAAUUAUGUAAACGUUGAAUGCUGCUCAAUUAACUGACAAAAUUCAAAGUAAUUCUAUUUGUAUUUUCAUAUUGUACAUCUAAACAAAUGGUCUAGGAGGAACCAGUAAUCCGGUCAUUAAAAGUUAAUUUUGUUUAAAUCAGUGCAAAGGUAGAAGUAUAUGAAAAUCUAGUUCCUAGUUCAUGAGGGUUAUGUCGCCGCCUACUGGUGGAAAGCAGAACUACAGUUUGUAAUAAAAGCUGUUAUUUCUUUGCAUUUUUUCCCCCCAUUUUGAGUCCCUUCGAAAUUAAUGGUCAGUGUGUGUUACUCCUCGAGAUAAUCGAGGCUCAAUGUCGUUAUUUUGGUUUUAACAGCCAUUUAUUGUGGACACGUCUUAUAAAGCCCCUAAAAAUGCCAGAAUGAAGGGAAACAGAAACCCAAAUUAGCUAAAAACAAAUAUAAAGCUUUACACAAAUAAAUACAAGUAAAACAAAGUCAUACCUCAUUGGCUGCAUAAACUCCAGAGGAAUAAAGAUAAUUUAUAGAGCUUUUCUCACAAAAACAGUCUUUAGGCUUUCUGGUUAAACUUCUUGAAACUAUGAUGCAAAAAAUUGUGUCAAUCAAUCUUUCCCAUGGGCAACAACGUGACAUGCGGAACAAAACAUAGGUUCCUCCUUACA